GCUUAAUGCAAAAAAAAAAGAUGAGAAGAUUCUGAUUUUGUAACAGGCUUCUUUCCAAUCAAGCAGCAGGAAUGAUCUAAAUGGAAUUCGUAAACACCAAAAAAUAACCAGUUUGAACUAACGGCUUUUAACAUAAGAAACAACUAGUUUAAGUAUAUAUCGGUCAUAUCAUCAAAUAAAAAGAAGAGAAAACAUAAAAGCUUUUUCUAAACAAUAGAGACGUCGAGGAGGAUUUUGAUUUGAACACACCUUUUUUAAUUCAUAAAUGGCAGUGUCUGGUGCAACCGAGUUCCAUCAACCAGCUUGGCAUUACACCUUUGCCGGUGGACUCGCGUCCGUCAUAUGCAGAUUUGCGAUUGCACCGUUUGAUGUUUUAAAAAUAAGAAUGCAAGUUUCCCAAUCAUCGUUUCUUCAGGUACUGAAUACGACUCUUCAACAUGAAGGUUAUCGAGCUCUUUGGAGGGGUAAUAUUUCAGCUGAAUUUUUAUACUUAAUUUAUGGUAGUACAGAGUUUGUGGUAUUUUCUAAAAGUCGGGUUUUGACAGAAAACAUGCAGAUGAAUAAACAUGUUUUGAAUUUUCUAUGUGGAGCUUUUGCUGGUUCCUGUGCAACCAUAGCCUCGUACCCAUUUGAUACAUUACGAAGCCAGUUUGCAGCUUCAAAAGAGACUCCUCGCUUCAUGUCAACUGUUAAAAACAUCCUUCAAACCCGUGGAAUUCGAGGCUUUUUUCCUGGUCUGACGGCUACUCUAUAUCAAAUUGGACCUCAUGUCGGUCUUUUCUUCAUGGCUUACCGGGCCAUCUAUUCAUCCUUGUCGCCGAUGGGGAUAGCAGCUAGCUCUUCAAUAAGCGGAGUAUUGGCUGGUGUUACGGCGAAAGCUUUGCUAUUCCCUGCCGAUACUAUCGUAAAGAACAUGCAAGUAUCUAAGUUGCAAAAUCCUUCAUUUCUGCAAUGCUUCAAAACCGUACUGCACACCUCUGGAGCUCGUGGUUUGUAUCGGGGUUUGCCAAUCAGCAUAGCCAAAGUGGCUCCCGGAAGGGCAAUUACCAUGCUGAUUUACGAAGAAACUUUACGUACCCUCAACAAGAUUUCGAUCGAAACUGAAAUUGAUGAUAGAUAGAUACCAUUUUUUUCCUUUUGCGUUCUUUUUUUUAUAAGCCUCGCAUCGGUGCAUUGCAGCGAACAGAGCUGGUCAUGAAGAAACAGUCGGAUAAAUCCACGAGUUAGACUAAGCUCGUACAUAAUCGUCCCCAUAUAUUUAUUUUUUUUGGAAAUUCUUUGAUCUACGUAUAUUUAUUUUCUAGUGAACAUUCAGGUAUCCCUCAUAACCAGGAUAAAUUAAUG